AUGGCUCCACCGUGGCUGUCAACCGCCGAAGGCCCUCCCAAGCCGACUCAGCACCCUGCGUUAGCACUGCGGCAACGAGGCGAAACUCCCAGAGAAACACAGCAGCUCGAUGUCAUGGACGGCCUUCAACAAGACUCUCGCAACACACAGGUCAUACCUAAGCCUGGUCAAAGCAACCACACCGCCAUGACGCAAGUGCCUGACCCUACUUCGAACCACAUGAAAACCAUGCGCGAUGAAGCACUUUCGCCAACCAAACAAAGCACCGUCAUGCACACUCAGGACAGCGAGCAAACCCAAACGCCAAUGCUUCGCGCCGCGGUCAAUCCCCGCCCCCCGAGUCCUCCGACUGAGAUUUGGCCCCCUCUCCACCCCCCUCCGGCUGCCUCACACCGAGACCAUACCAUCGAAGUCCAGGCCGUAUGGGACGCCGUCACAGCGCUUUGCGAGCCAGACCGCCACAUGAGCGAUGACCACCGUCCAUUCCAAGCAGCGACGACUCUACCCGCAGCCAGUCCCCCGCAGGUGCCAGACUCAGAGUCAGUCACCACAUCAAACGAGAUGACGUAUCAACGCGCGCCAGAUGGGGCUAGUUCUGAGUUCUUGAACAGCUACCAUGGUUGGAAGAGCAAGAAGAGGUCCGGUGACCACAUCGGCGGCUCGGAUAACAAGAGACACCGGUCUUAA